AUGUCUCGACAGUCUUCUCGGACAGGGGCAUCAAAAUGGAAGAAAGCAAAGUACAAACUAGCUGCUAUCGAUGGACUUCGUCAAAGACCUCCACCAGACCGAGCUGGAUCUGUCCGGGACACAGUCUCCGUCUACACCACGGGUUCAACUGUUUUGCGUGAUUUGUACAAUCCACCCUUGGGUUAUGAUACUUUGACAAUGCAGCGUUUCCGUGACUACCUGGAAGAGACAGAACUUGUUGAAUCGUUUCAAAGACUACUGACCCUGUUACUAGACAGACCUGAACUCCCUUACAACCCCUAUCCUGGCUUUGUUCAGCGUUUCAGACAGAAUGCAGAGUCGUUUCAUCUGGAUCAGAUUCCUGAAGGAAAAAUUCACCAACUGUUACAGAACAAUCUUCAAGAGUCAAUAAUGCAGAAUCUGUUUUUUGUGCGAGGUUAUGACACCAUUUGGGGUCUGCCGAGUAUUCUGCGUGUUGUCAGCCCUCAGCGUCUCUCUCGCUUCAAAUGGCUGGUGGACAAUAUGACACCUGAGGCUGAGGACCUCUUUUCCGAACCCGGCUACACGAACCAGGUGACCGUAGCUUUGGUUGGACCGUGUGUGUUUGAAGGCACAUUCUACCAACAAGUCUACAAUCUUCAGAUGCGUAAAGAGUUUUUAAUCACAGGUGAAGAUGUCAAAAUGGGUGUGUCUAUAUUUGUUAACUCUGUGAUGUCCGAGAUUGAUGGAAUGUACUCAAAUCCUCGUCAUUUGAUCCUUGGAGUGAACCUUCCAUUAGCGAAUAACAACUCCCCCCAAGUCACCAUAAUGGAUUUCUGGGAUCCUGACCGCAUCCAACAGGAAAAGGAGAUAUUUCUACAGGCUAUGAGUGAUACGGUCCUAUCCAAUAAGUAUAUCUACAUGGAUUGUAUCUUUCGAGUUGAUCCUGAUGUAGUAACAUAUACCAGAGGACAGGUCCAGUUUGGUCUUAACUUUAUUUCACUCUCCUUGACAGCAGGUGCCAAUGAAGGUUUGUCAAGUUUCUGCGAGUAUCCAAUGUCCUCACUACACGAGGGUGUCUUCCUGAACAGAAGCCAUGCAGAGGCCUACCUUUCUAUCUUCUCGCCCCAGGUUGAUACCUUCCAGAAGGCGGAGACUCGUGCCCCAGUUCCACAUGCUUCUGCCAGCAAAUCUAGGAAGUCUCAAGGUGGUAACUCCAAAAAUGGCCGUGCUACAGCUCAAAGCCAAACAAACCGCCCUUUUACACGCAGUCAAGAAAAGGAUGUACGAACUGUGAGACGACACGUUCACGACCGCUUCAGCCACAUGAAACCACAGAAGAUCAGGAUUGAUGGUUUCAAGCUUGGUGACGAGACAACCUAUGGACCCUAUGCCUGGCAGAUCACUGCUCCUCUGAAGUCCUACCUACAACAGAAACUAGCUGGUCACCAUAUGCAUGCAGAGCUGUUUGAUUCCUGUUACUGUGUCAUCAUACUUUUACUAUUGGAAAGAGAUUCAUUUGAGAGUGGAUUAGAGGUAGAAAUUUUCCGUCUGUUACAUGGCACUGCUGGGCGAUUGUAUUAUCUGAUGGAACAAAACAAGAGUCUGCGCUUCUUCCUCAAAGGCUUUGGCAGUGCAAAGGAAACAAGCAUUCUGAAGGAACAGAUGGCUAAGUAUAGUGAAGCAGUGGUCAAUCUUUUGGACAGUGACCUGAAUGUCCGUAGUACUGACCAGAUCACCGCUGGCAAAGUUAUUUCCUCCCAGGUAGAUGACUUGAUGCCUGGAUCUGUGAUACCCUUUGGAUCAGGCCAUCAUAUACAAACGAGCAUGAAGACAUUGAAGAACCUAAACUGGUACUGUUUAACGUUACUGAUCCAAAUAGUUGAAGACACCCUGCCACAAGCACCUAUAUUUAAGGAGUUUGUUUUGAAGAUGCAAGUGACAUUUCCAGAGCGAGCACCACGUCCCAUUACCAGACUUCGACAGAGAAGUGACCCAGUGGGAAGUGACAUGGAUCUCCAGGUAGACCACGGCAUGGAGAACGAUCACAUCAAAAACCACGAACGUUAUGUGAUCGACGUGCAGACAUGUAUGGCUAGGGACAACUCAGCAUCUAAACAGAUUGCAAGGGAAGCAGUCCUUCUCCGGUAUUUAGUGGAUACUCACGUCGAUAUUGUGUGGCAUGACUUCCUGUUGGAUAUUGCCACAGGUGAACAUUUUCCUCCCAAUCCGUACCCUCUACUUGUCAGCAUUCUACGUCAGUGUGCCAUGAGAAUGGAUUUAUGGUUCGAGAGGUCAAAUGCCAUCAUGGAACGGAUGUGGAGUGUCGAGAACAUGCAGCUUGAGGACCCAGACAAUUACAUUUACCACAUUCCUGGGGUGGAUGGACAUGGUACACCAAGCGCAUUAGCUGUUCUGGAUACAGGAGCAUACGUACCUCUCACAGAGACCCUCAAGCUGUUUGAGCAACAAAGCUAUAUACAGAGAAAGGGUGCUUAUCGAGUAGCGAUCUGUAUGGCAAUGUGUGGUCCUAGCAUACUGUAUGGGAAAAUGCAGCCGUACCUGAAUGAAAUUGAACUACAUGAGCACAUCUAUAUCCAGGGGCCACCUGGGUGCCAAGGGGAGGCAAUCCAGUUGUUUGCUCUUAUUGUUCAUAACCAUCUGAGUGACCUUAUCAGACAAGAAGAAAUUCCAGUUAUGGGUGCAUAUUUUGGUGAUGGUCAGACCCGCUGGACAUGGGAAGACAUUAUGACAAAGAAAAAUGGCUUCAUCGCUGAGUGUGUCGCAAUCUGCUCCAGCAAGGAGACUAUAUUUAUGAAAGCCUAUGUUUUUCUGGACCAGUGGCGUUAUGUACCUGUACGAAAAUACUUCCUUUUUCAUUUCCUCACAGACGACGAUGUUGAAGCUGAAGUGUUUUACCCUGACAACCCAGUGGCAUUUUACCAGUCCAUAUUUUUAUCUCAGGACCGAGCAGCUUUUCACUAUCAAAAUGGUGGCCCGAAAAAUGGUGGGGACCCUAUGAAUGGAGCUAACACACGAACUGCUCACCAGUUUCUCAACAGAAUGCUCGGAGAUGCCAAACUUCACUAUGAUUGGUUGACAGUUCAUCGCGGUCUCCUUCUCAGGGAUCUCCUCAACCAGGACCAGAAUCACAUAACAGAGAGCUGGCGUAUGUUGCACAGUAUGGCUGCCCAGAUAGAGUAUGUCACGUUCAUGGUUGAGACACUUCAAGACCUCAUCCAACUUAUGAUGGAGUUCAUAGGCCAUAACCAGGAGCGAUUUCGUAACCGUCAACCUCCACCACCAUCACAGCAACCCAGUCGGGGUUCAAAGGGCACCAAGAAGUCACAGCGCAGUCAGGUGACCCCACUGACAGCUGCUUCCCUCAGUUCUACUGAGGAAUUAGAGGGCCCUAUCAACGAGGCCCAGCUAGGACGGAUGAUAAUGGUUUUCCAACAAAAGCUUACCGACGUAUGCAAAGCUCGAAUUACUAUGGCUGGCUCGGAGAUUGCUAACUUUCUGGAUUCCAAACUCAGGACGGCCAUAGAGGAAGAUCCUUACUUAGAUAACUCCUAUCUUGCCUAUGAGGAUCAGACGCUCUUCAGAUUGGAGGAGAUAAAGCACAUGCUACGACUCCUCCAGGACAGCAUUGCUAAUGACGUCCAUGAGGCCAGUCCUAUUGCUGUGGCAGUGAUGGAAAAGAUUGAACUACCAGAUAUGGAUGAGUUGCGCCCCAGUUCUGUAGCGUCUAUGACCUUAAAUGACCCCAACAUGUACAGACGAAGCCUUGCACCUCAGGCCAUGAACACGAUUCUGGAGUGAAAAAUGGUUUAGUUCUUUCUUUCGCUUAAUCUGAGUAUUUUAUUUUACGAUUUUUAGUGAGGACUCUGUAUAAUAAAAGUAUCCAUGGCCUUUCCCGGACAUAUUUCACUGAUCUUCAUCAACAGAGGGACGUUGUACCUCCACCCUACUGCUUAGAAUUAUUUUUAUUAAAAGGUCAUACAUCGAAU